GUUUCAACUCUGGGGUUAUGGGAGCAAUGAUUCUGUUGGGAAAUGUCUCAGGAGCUAUAGCAGGGACCAGUUUUACACAUAUUGGAGUACUCAGCAUGUACGCAAUUAUGAUCGCAAUUCUGGUUGUGUGUGUACUGGUGACAACUUUCAGCAUCUCGGAGACUCAAGGAAAGCCGGAUCUCAUCCCGCAGCCAUUAAGCUGCAGGCUUAUCUUCAUUGGAUUCUGGGCACCUCUGAAAGAGCAUGACUUUAGAUGGGUGUUCAUUACCAGAUUUUUGAUGCAGCAAGGAGUUGCCACCAUUACUGGGUUCUUGGAGUACUGGCUCAAUGACAUGAUCCCACUUCCUUACUGCUGGAGUGCUGCCACCUCUGUGGCACUAUUGUUGCUACCACUGCUGUUUGCUGCAUCAUUGAGUUCUGUUGUAUUUGGGAUCAUCUCAGACAAAACUGGAUAUCGAAAG